AUCGACAUGGAUUUGUCUAAAGAACUCAAGCAUAAUGAAUCUAAUGUACAAGAUGCACAGCCGCAUGAUGUACAAGAUGCACAGCCUCAUGUGGAAAAGUUAGCUACUUUAGUAGGACGGCUAAUAAGCAUCAAAAAAAUAUUUCAGACACAUGAUUCUACCAUACAAUCAGAAGCUGAUGUACUUGAUGCUCAACAUGAGGAGGCUGUUUCUCUUAAAAGAGAACUCUUUAAAGAUUCCCAGAUUUACAAACUAUUGGGAGUGAAGGAGGGGAGUGGCUGCUCCGCUGCCCUCAUUCAAUUAUUUUGUGAUUUUUUUGAUCAAGAAAGAGGUAUCUUCAAGAUCAAAGAGGGAAUAGAAAUCAGUUUUUGUGCACACCGGGUUGCAGAUUCACUAUCAAUCAACCAUACCGGUAAGCCAAUCAGGGAAUUUGAGAUGCAGGGGAAGGAUAAAAUGAUGCGGCUUCCACCUUUUGUGGAUAGUUUAAAACAGUUGUAUGUUUCUAAGAAUGAGAAAAAGGAGAAAAAAGAUAGAAACGACAAGGAGAAGCACAAAAACAGGAUUAAGAGGGAAUUGAGUUGUCACUCCUUGAUAGAGAUUUUGAGGCGCAUGCCUGUGGAAACGGAUGAACAGAAAGACCAAUACAAGCAGCUUGUUCGCUUGUUUGUGGUUGACCAGAUUUUCCUUCCAUCUAGCGAAAAUGCAUACAUCAGGAGUGGGAACUACAAGUAUUGCGUUGACGCGUCCACAUUUGAAUCAAUUAAUUGGGCUCAAGCAAUACUUGACAGAAUUUAUGAGGCUGUUAAGAAGAACACUCGGACAUUUAGUGCUUGCAGUACUGUUUUUCAGGCACUCAUUUAUGAUAAAAUUCCGAAGUUGGUUCUCGAGGACAUGAAACUUAAGUCAGCUCUAGUACCGGCAGAUAAAUACCCGGUGAUUAGGAGGAAGAAAGAAAUAUGGAAAUUGAAGCUUGAUGAACUGAACUCCGAAGACAUCAAUAAAUGUGGUCUUUGUUCUCAACUUGACCAUGGACUUGACCAUGGCCACCACACGCCACUUUUUCAGAAAGCUUGUGAGGGUGUCAUGCUUGCGCAUGUAAUCGGGCAAGCAAGACAGGUACUAGAGGGAUCCUUGGAGGGUGAUUACCUCUCGGAAAUCAAUGAUUUUGGUCUUGUUGAAGACUUGAAAACUCAAUAUUUGGUAAAUUCAUAUUACAUAAGUAGCAAUCUAUUGAAAAUAGAUGAUAGAGAUGACUGGAGGUUAAUUGAAGCUCUUUCAAUGAAGGAUGCCUGCAGAUACACAGAGCCAGAAGCUCUGCUGAUUAACCUAAGUUCCACUCCAAAAACUUCGAACAUUGUAACUGUUCGUCCUCAAAUUGCGGAGCCAUCUGCGGAGCAACCCGUGAAUGUAUUGGGGCCUGAACAACGUGGGGAGAUGUCUGUUCAUCAAAAUCUGGAUAAGCCUAAGGAGCCUGUGGAGAGUGUAAUGGAGCUUGAGGAGACUGCAAAGCAACUCAAGAAUACACUGGGGACUGAACAGCCUGAGGGGCCUGUGGACAAAAAUGAAGUGGAGACUGAGGGGACUGCGGGGAAACUCAAGAAUACAAUGGGGCCUGAACAGCCUGAGGGGACUAAGGAUGAACCCAUGAAUACAAAGGAGCCUCCGGAGACUGUCAAACAUAAACAUUCUGUGUUUGCACAUUAUCUCAGACGAUCAUCUCGGAUUCAAAAGCAAGGAACCCUGCUUGAUGAAUCGAACAAACAGGAUGACGCUGAAAGAGGCCGAAGGAAGAGAGAGCAAAACGAAAUCCUGAUAGAGCAAAAAAGGAAACGGUCAAAGUCUGUUGAUGAUUCAAGCUAUUUCAAAAAAACUCUCAUCCUUGAUAUAAAUGGCAUUCUUGCUGAUAUCGUUCCAGAAAAUGUGGUGACGUCCUCACGUACAUCUAAGCAAUACAAGAUACUGAAAAAUAAAGUAGUUUUUAAGAGGCCUCACGUUGAUGAUUUUCUGAAAUUCUGCUUUGAGAGAUUUAACGUAGGCGUAUGGUCAUCGAGAUUAAAGCGUAAUUUGGAUCCAGUUAUUGACUAUGUUUUCGGAAAUAAUUACAAGUCAAAGUUGGCUUUUCAAUGGGAUCAGGAACAUUGUACUAAUACAGGUCUCAAAGUCGCGGGGAAUAAUCAUAAACCUUUGUUCCUAAAGGAAAUUAAAAAACUCUGGGAGGAUCCUGAGCUUAGAAAGGUUAUUGGGGAUCUUAAUGAAACUAACACACUAUUGAUAGAUGACUCACCCUAUAAAGCCCAAAAAAACCCUCCAAACACAUCAAUUUUUCCGCAUACAUACAAGUACAAUAGUUCGGACGAUCAUUUACUAGAAGAUGGGGGGGAUCUUCAAUUGUACCUAGAAAAACUAUCCUCAGCUCCUAAUGUCCAGGAAUUUGUUAAGAAAAACAGUUUAUUCUCACAGGAGUCAGAUAUUCUCACAGGUACAGAUUAAAUGUGCACUCAGGAGCAGACUAUUUGCAUUUAGGAGCAGAGUCUACGAUAUACGUUAAGCCUCUUCAUCGUAUUGUAUUGUGUUUUAUCUAAACAUCUUUGCUCAAUCGAUUAAAUCAAACACCACUAUGAGUAAUCAACCCGAAUCAUCCGACUCGUAAGCACUCUCUCCGAUCUUCAAUUCGAUUUGAUUAGAUUUAAUCGUGUGUUUUGUGUUUACCAAUGUGUUUUUUCUUGAGCGCAAGAAGGCAGCGAAUUGUUUGGUGUCGUAUGUAAAGGUUGAAUCUUUUUGUAUUUCUUUGAUGGUAUUGUUGGUUUUUGAAGUUGGAGUUUUGGUUUUGUGUUUGAUUUAGCUAGGAUUUGUAAAAGAUGGGUUUUGAUUGGUAUGUUUUGGUAAUGGUGUGUAGGGUUGAUUUGAUUGGUUUAUGUGGCAUAUCCACCUCUUAUUGCAUCUUUUUGUAGACUUUGAUCUCGUAAAUUCGAUGGUUUCUAAUCAGAGGUUUACAUACAUAGUAUGGAUGAUGCUUUAAGAAGUGCUUAAGUUAUGAAAGUAUAUAGACUGAGCUGUCUUAUACUGUUUAGUAACUAUUAAAUGAAUCCGUUUAACCAUCUCAUAUAGGAUCUUAUCACUCCUUUCUUUGAAUUCGUAUAUUUAUUUCUGGGAAAAAAGCUAAUUGAAUAGUGAAAUUAGCUUGAAACCUGCUCUUGAGAACAGGUUUUGAGAGCAGGAGAGGUUUAAGUUGUUCCUAACUGGAAACCUGCUCUUGAGAACAGGUUUUGAGAGCUUCCUAAUUGUAAAUGAAAAUAGGUCAUGUAGAGUACAAAAUAUACACACAUAAAGUACAAACAUAAAGAUAAUAUUCACUUGCAUGAAAAGACUAUGCACUAGAAAAAGAUUAGCCCUUCAUAUUUUCUGUAAUGUUGGCAUGUUGCAUUACUUGAAUAGUCAUUGUUUAUGAUAGAAUUAAAAUUGUUUAAGUUGUUUAUGACUGAAAACCUGCUCUUUAGUAGGGGUAUUAUCCGGUAAACUGGGGGUGUAGUAAAUAUAUGGGGGGUGUUAUAAAUAUAUGGGUGUUGAAAACGAAAGUUGGGGGUCUUAAAAUAUAGGGGUGUUUAGAUACAAAGUUGGGGUGUAUUUUAUAUAGGGGUGUUCCGCGAUAAACUGGGGGUGUAACGUAUAUUGGGGUGUUGUAUAAAGAAAGUGGGGGUGUUAACCAGGGGUGUACAGAAUAUAGGGGUGU